AUGAAGGAUUUGUCACAAAAGCUUGUCGAACAUUAUACAUUGGAGAAAAAUCCAAAAGCGAUAAAUACACAACAAGCGGCUAUUACAAGUGGACCAUCAACAUCGAAUGUAAAAUGUAAUCGAUGCUCGAUCGAUAAACAUUUAACGCCAACAAAGUGUACAAAAGACAAAAGUGCGAUGAUCGGUAAAGAAAAAUCAUCACCCGAUGGUAAAUCGACAAAGGUGAAGAGUUUACGUGAAAAAGUGCUAAACCGUUCCCUUAUGAAAGACAUUCGAUUUCGUGAAUUGAAAUUAACAAAGCGAAAAGCAUCAAUGUUGGGACCACCGCCGGCAAAACGGGCAAAGCAUACACUACGAGUGGCUCGAAUGAAAGCUUCACGAAUUAAACGUGAAUCGGCACUUGUUCAACAACAGCAGCAACAACAACAACAGCAACCAAGUACAAGUGAUGGAAACACAAAUCCAGAUAUAGCGACCAAUCCUACUGAUAUAUCUGGAGUGGCAUCAACAUCCAAAACAGGAUCAGAAGAUGCAAACAGUGUUGAUACAAAGGAUCGUAGUGGAUCAAAAUUGGUGCGUAAACGAUUGGCAAUGAGAAAGCGACAUGGCCUGCCUUCAAUUAGUCAAAUAAUCGCCGAUAUACUUGCAAAACGUGCCAAAAAACGAGCAAAACAACGGCUCAUUGAAAAGGCAGCCGAAAAUUCAAAUCAAUCCGCCAACUCUGAAGAUGGUGAAACCAAAAAUAUUAUGCCACAAGCGUCAACGAGCCCAUCAACAAACGUUUUACCUGCAUAUCGGCCAAAUCAACCGUCAAAGGCAUCACUGAGCGGUAAACCAAAUACCAAUCAGCCAUUUCAAUCGCAACAACACAUAAGUUUUGAAUCACCCACAACAGGUAUCACACAUUUUUCGAAUUUCUCGUCAAGUGGACGUGAAACGCCAAAUGUGAGUGCGACAAGUGCUAGCAGUAAUAGCAGCAGCAGUAGCAGUAGUAGCAGUUCAAGUAAUCACACAUUCAUCACACCAGCCAUACCAACAACACCGGGCAGUUUAAAUCCCGUCGAAGAUUUUGCUACAAUUCUCAGACACUGGAAAUAUUGUACACGAUUGUGUCGAGCAAUGUGCGAAGAAAGUCUACUUGAUCGUCAUGAAUUCUUGCAAUGGGCACUUGAACUUCUCGAUCGUAUGCGAAAUAAAUUCAGUGAUGAUGGAUUCUUAAAGCUAUUUAUGCCGUUCAUUUUACUGUGUUUACCAUACAUUGUUGAAUCCGAACGUUUAUCACGACGCCUAGCCUAUUUAGUGUGUAAAAAGAUUGGUUUUAUGUUACACUAUGUUACCGAAGAGGAUGCAAUUACUGUUAACAUGAAAAAACCACCACCACAAACGUCUUCAACAUCGUGUUGUGAUGCAAAUAUAACGAAUCGCCUAGAAGUUGGUUUAAAAAUUAAACAAGAGCCUGAAAUUCGUGCACCACUUCCAACUCGUGGCAGUACACGUUAUAAAAAAAUAAAAAUGGAUCCACCAACACCUCCACCAUUAUCAGCACCACCAUCACCGAGUACCGCAUCAUUGGAUAGCCCUGAAGAUGUGUUAUCAACAAAAAGUUUACUCGGUUCAAAUUAUUUGCCAACCAGACCAAAUACAAAUCCAGAUCGAAAAAGUUUUGGUGCACGUCCGUAUUCAUCAUCAUCAACAUCGCCCGCAUCAAAGCAACUAUCAUCAUCGCAAACACCACCAACUGUUUCACCACCAACUGCUUCGCCUCCAUCAGUUUCGUUAAAUGCGACAUCAAUCAUGCCAAUUGGUGCGAGUGCCGUUCAACCUGUUUCGCAAGCCAUUUCAUCAAAAAGCCAAUCGCUAGGCGUUAUUAAGCAUCGACAAAAACCAUCGUCACAAUUCAUGGAAACAAUGUUACGUGACUUUUUACUGUGCGAACAUCAUCGACCGGUUAUUAUGGAAUUGAGUGCAAUGAUUCAAGCAAUUACACUACGGUGUCCAGGUGCUUUAGUAUGGUGCGGUUUAUCCGGGAAAGAACGUGAUUCGAUAACACCAUUGGCUGGUGGACCAUUGGAAUAUAUGCCAGUUUUACCAUCACAGUUACCAAUGCCAUCGUAUAAUCGACGACAAAAUGAUUUAAUUCGAAAACGUUUACGUGAAGUUGAACAACAAAUUGUCGAACGAUCUAAACAUUCCGAAAAACGUUGGGUUGCCGAUAAAUGGUUGCGUAAAACCGUCGAUGGACAAAUCAAUGAAGUCAUUUUAAAUACGUUGAGCAUUUUAGAUGCACACUGUUUCGAUCGACUCGAUGGAAAUAAUAAUAAUUUAGCAUCACUCUACGUAAAACUAUUUCAACCAAUUGAAAAAGUGAUGAAACAGGAGACUUUUGUAAAUGGCAAAGUAAAAGAAACUCGCAUCACAUACAUGGCUCGAAUCGAUGAACCAAUCGUCAAAGUGUUAUGCGAAUGGGCCGUUUCGCAUCAACGCUUCGGUGAACAUCGUGCAAUGGUUGUUGCAUGGCUAUUAGAAAAACGGCAAUCAGAUAUAACGGCUGUUGAUUCAUUAAGUCCAGCUGAUGAUGCCGAUUCAAAUGAUUCGGUUGGUUUUUAUAAUGGGCUACCGAUAUUUCAACGAAAUUUAAUGGCAUUUUUAGAUCAUGAUGCACCUGUUCUCGAAGAAAAUUGUACCGAUCAAAGUAGGAUUCAAUUCACAAAUUUAGUGCAUUUAUUCUGUGAACUGAUUCGUCACGAUGUAUUUUCGCAUGAUGCUUACAUGUGCACAUUGAUAUCGCGUGGUGAAUUGCUCACGUUGCCGAUCCAUUCGAAUGAUAUAGCCAACACACCGACAGUUAAUUCGAAUGCAAUGGCUGUACCACCGCCAACAAUUUCAACGCUUCCACCUACAACACCAGCUUCACGUGUCGGUGAUGACAUUCUGCCGCCCAUGGAAUUUAAGCCGAAAAUCGAAGAGCUGGAUGAUAGCAAUGUAGAUGAUGAUUUGGAUAAAAUUCUACAGAAUAUCAAAAAUGAUCAACAAGACUUAAUGGAUGCUACAGAUAGCCCGAAAAUUGAACCAAACACAAAUAACGAUUCCAAUUCGGAUAUUGCUGACGAAGAAGACGAUGAUCAACCGAAAAUAUCGAGGCAUUAUUUGUACACCACACACUUUCCUCUGUAUCAAGGCGAUACAAUUGCACAACAUGACUGCAAUCAACGUUACAUAUUAUUAUUUGGUGUUGGUAAAGAACGUGACGAAAAGAAGCAUGCCGUUAAAAAGAUGGCAAAAGAGAUUAGUAAGCUGUAUUCAAAGAAAUUCAGUAUGGAUAUGAAUGAGGGUGGUAUAGUAAAGAAACAAUCACGUACGGAAUGUAAUCUCGAGGCGACAAUGACCCGAUUCCAAUCGAUGACCUACUUUGAUCAGCAUAUGGUAACGUGGCAAUGUUCAGCAACCAUUCUUGAAAUGCUUGGCAGCUUUGCGAGUGGAUCGUAUAAUUAUUUACCCGUGCAAGAGCAUGUCGCAUAUUUAUUUGAUUUAAUGGAAGCCUGCAACAAUAUUUAUGGACUAAUCGAUUUGUGUAUAUCGAUCAUGAAAAAACUGCCUCAAGUUGAAUCUCAGCUCGUUGAAAUGAAUUCAAGUUUUGUGAAAACGUAUACGACAUCGUUGAGCUUGUAUGUGGUGGGUGUGCUGCGACGAUACCAUCGAUGCCUUUUAUUGUCUUAUGAUCAAGUACUGCCAAUAUUCGAGGGAUUGUGUCGUACGGUUAAGCAUGUGACAAAUCCAAGUGAAUGUGCAUCGGCUGAACGAUGUAUUUUAACUUAUUUACUCGAUCUGUAUUCAUCGUGUUCAUUACUCAAAUCAAAACCACCGGCAAGUGAAACAUUCUUUAAUAUUUAUGCCAAAGUCAAACAAAUGGUUGCUGCUGCGGUUCAACCAAUGCCAGCUGAUUGUUAUUACAAUCAAGCGUUUAUGAUGGAAAUAUUUGUGAAUCCACCGCGUGGUGGUAAAAUUGAUCCAACAUGGGGACGAAUACUAAAUGAAAGUUUGGAAAAUCGUUAUAGUUUUGUAUGCAAUGCACUGAUUGCAAUCAGUCGCGAAACAGAUAACGAUCGAUUGAAUGAUAUUUCAAUCAUGUGCGCUGAAUUCACAGCACAUUGUAAUUCGCUUAGUUCUGAAUGGCUUGGCGCAUUUAUAGCAUUAUGCGGAUCAAGCAAUGAUGGAUUUUAUGCACAUAUACCCGAACACAUUGACAUACAAAGAGUUGCCAUUCACAAUUCUUUGGCGGUGUUUGUUUCGAUUUUAGUUGCGCGUCGUUGUUUUUCGCUUGAAAAGUUCAUCUUUUAUGUUGCAUUGCCGGCUUUGGUAAAUGCAUGCAAAGGUGGACGUGAAAUAUCGGCAGGAGCCGAAGCUGGUGCUCGAUUAUCGUGUCAUCUACUGUUUCGACUUUGUAAAGCUGUUGAAUUGCCCAUACCAUCGUUAUAUGGAAUGCCUGUGAUAGAAUGCCCAAUAAAAAUUCCAGGACCUCAGUUAAAUAUAAAAUUCAGUUGUGAUCGGCAUUUAUUGGCAGCGACUCAUAAAAAUCUGGCUGUUGGACCAGUUUUAGCUGUUUUAAAAGGCAUCUUAGUGGUUGGAGAUGCAAUGAAUCCAGAAAAUCAAAAGCAACCGGCUUCAAAAAAACGAGGCAAUCGAAACACGAGCGCAAACACGACACCGUCCUCAAGUCAAACUUCCAGUCAACCAGCAACAAAAACGGGUUCAAUUGAUAUUAGUCACAUACUUGGCACCAGUGAAUUGGGUACAAAUGCAAAUGAUGAAGAUGUUUCCAUGCAAGACACAACUCAAGAGACGCCAAUAAGUUUAUCGGAAUUUGCUGAAUACGUGCUAAAACAAAUUGCAUACCAAGAAUGGGUAUUGGAACGAAUCUUACAAAAUGCCGAUGAUCUUUGCCAAAAUGGCAUGUUAAUCGAUCCAUUGUUAACAUCAAAGCAAGCACAAAGAUUAUUACAACUAAUCUGCUUCCCAGACAUUGAAGCAUCAGAAUUGCAUUCGAUGGAUCAAAGCACAACGAUUCAAAGAUUCUUUCAGAUUUUGGAUCGAUGGAAUAUGCCAAUAUUGAGUAUAAACCUACAACUUAUGCACAAACAAUCAAGCAGCGUACAAGCACGAAUAAUCAAAGUAGCCGGUCAACUGAUGGAGAAAAUGAAUUAUUUCAAUGUUUAUCGACACGUUGAAGAGGAAGAUGAAAGCGAUGAGGAUAGCGGCGAUGAAGAGGACGAAGAAGAUAGUGAUGAAGAUGAUGAAAAUGAUAAUAAGAGUGAAAACAAAGAUGAACAACAAGGUGAUGACAGUGAAGAUGAAUUUUUCUAUCCACAACCGGCCAAGCUGGCAUAUAGAGAAUUCUUCAAUUUACUUUUGAAUUGCUUGAAAGGACACGAAGAUCAACGUGAUGUUUUGCUAUCAUCUUUGCAUAAACAAUUGGUGCAUUUUGUUAAAAGUGCACAAGAAAAGGUGGAUAUCAAUUAUCUGGCGCAUCCUGAAGCAAAGCCUGAAAUGAUUGAGGCAUUAGAUUUGAGAUUAUCACUCGUUGGAACUUUAUUCGAUGGAAUCUAUCGCAGUCAAGCGAUUACAACAGACUGGUCAGUUCUUUUGACGCAACUCAUGUGCAAUGGUGUCAUUGAUUUUCAAACAAAUACAUCACUGUAUGGUACCGUUUAUGAUAUGUUAACAACGGUAAUUCACGCUUUAUUAGCUCAUGAUCCAUACGAACGCGAUGACAACAAUAAACCAUUUAUGAAUUUGGCGAAAAGACUUCGUAAGGAAAUUGGUGAGAAAGCAUCACGUACAAAGCAAACUGUGCGUCAGCUGUUGCCCAUUAUACGAAUGCCACGUCACAUAAUUGCAGUUGAAUCGAAUGAAAAAAGUCAAUAUCCUGGUAUUGAUUUAAUCGAUCGAGUGCCUGGAUUACGUGCAACUGAAAAACAUAAAAUAAAUACAUGGGAUUUGAUUGAAGGGAAUAGCAAAAAUCCGGCACCUCUUUCAUGGGCUUGGUUUGGUGCUGUUAAAAUGGAACGAAGGCCUAUGAAAUAUGAAAGAGGACAUGAUUUACUCAAAUAUCAUACGCACAAUUUAGCCAAACCACGAACAUUCUUCUAUGAACCGUUAGUGAUAAAUAUGAAAGAACCGACACCUACUUUACCGCAAGAUGACACAAAUCUUGUUAUGAAUAUGAACAAUAUGCCAAGCACUUCAAUGGCUUCUGUUCCAAUGGAUAUUCCAAAGAUUGAUCCACCAUCAUCAAUUGAACAAUCGCCAAGCAUUCCAAAUGUUCAAGCCCAACAACAAGUGAUGGCACCACCGCAAGGCAAACGCCAAAAGAAACCAACGAAGGCUGCUGCUGCUGCUGCCGCCGCCGCAGCUGCAGCAGUUGCUGCAGCAGCACAGAUGCAGGCACAGCAACAAAUGCAAAAUCAACAAUCCGAACAAGUGCAACAAUUUAUUCAGCAAAAUCAACAACAAUCUGGAUUCCCAAUACCAGCCAAAGGCAAUAUGAAUCAGGUUGUACCGGGCAUCGUUCCAAUGGAUACCGGAAAUAAUCCAGGCAAACAAAUGCCUAACCAACAGACAAAUACACAACAACAGUUUGCAUUUAUGAUGCAGCAACAGCAACAGCAACAGCAACAGCAGCAGCAGCAACAGCAAGUACAACAACAGCAAGUGGUUGCACAACAGCAGCAGCAAACACAAAAUCCAAAUCAAAUGAUAAAUCCACAACAAUCAAUGCAACAAUCACUUCAACAAACAAUGGGCCAAACACAAAAUCAACAGCAACCAAAUCAAAUGAAUAUGGUCAACCAGAUGGGUAAUCAAAUGGGUAAUCAAAUGAAUAGCCAAAUGAACCAGAUGAAUAACAAUGCUCAGAUGAAUUCACAAAAUAUUAACCAAUUGCAAAUGAAUAUGCAGAAUCAAAUGAACCCAAAUGUACAACAACAAUUCCAUCAAAUACAGGCAAAUCAACAGCAACAACAGAUGCAGCAAAUUCAAAGCAAUGUAUCAAAUGUUGGUCAAACUGGAAAUAUACCAAAUAUGUCGACGGCUGCAAAUAUGAGAAAUCCAUCGGUUACUGGAAGUGUAAACGGUUCAAUGAUGGCACAAGCUGGUAUUCAACAAAAUAUGGGCACCGCUGGAAUGCCAUUCAAUUCCGGAAAUAUGCAGGCAUCGAUGAUGAAUAGCGGUGGUGUUAUGGCACAACAGCAAGUAAAUCAAGUGAAUCAAGCGGCUAAUCCACAACCGCAACCACAACCUCAGCCCAAUUUGCAGCAGCUUACUCAAGCUCAACGUCAACAACAGCUUCAAUUGGCUCAACAGCAGCAACUGCAACAACAACAACAACAACAACAACAGCAACAACAGCAGCAGCCGCAGCAACAACAACAACAACAACAACAACAACAACAACAGCAGCAGCAGCAGCAGCAGCAGAUGGAACAGCAGCAAGCGCAGCAACAGCAGCAGCAGCAACAACAACAACAA